UUCACAGCUCUCAUUCUUCCAGAAAGUAAGUGUUGAACUACAUGGAGGAUCUUCCUUUACAUCAGCCAAGUUCUCAAGGAGCACAGAGAUGCUGGAGGCCACAGCUGCUCUACACAGCUCUUGUGUUGCUGGUGCUUUGUUCCUGUGGUGCACUAAUCUUCACUUUCUUCCCAGUCAAGAAGACUGCUAAUGAGCCCUGUAUGGCUAGAUUCGGACCGUUGCCCUUAAAAUGGCAAAUGACAUCUCCUGAACCUCUUUGCAUAAAUACAACAUCUGAUUGGAAGCUGAAGAUUCUUCAGAAUGGCUUAUAUUUAAUUUAUGGCGAAGUGGCUUUUGAUGCAACCUACAAGGGAUGGGCUCCUUUUGCAGCACAGCUAUGUAAAAAUGAAAGAGUCCUACAGACUGUAACAAAUAGCUCUCAAGUCCAGGCUAUAGGAGGGACUUAUGAAUUGCGCACUGGAGAUACAAUAGACUUGAUAUUCAACAGUGAAGAUCAAGUUCUAACAAAUAAUACAUACUGGGGGAUCAUAUUAGUAGCAAAUCUUCAAUUCAUCUCUUAGAUAUUUAAUUUGGUCUCCUCAUCCUAUACAGUGUAUCCAGAGAUGUUGGUGGAUGGUUGCAAAGGGCAAAUUUGUCAAUGACUACAGCUGUCAGCAUAUACAAGUCAACCUGAGCAGCACUUUCUGCAUGUGGGAUGUUAACCCUCACGCUUGUCUGAAAGAGACUCAAAAACUGGACCAAAGGUUUUGGCUAUGUCUGAUGUUAGGUCUAUAAAGAUACUUCAGUAAUCCAUGAUAAACUGGAUAUGGGUAGCAAAGGACAGAGUUUCUAUUUAAUCCUUGAACUUCUGGGUGGGAAAAUGAGGUCCUAUUUCCAUAGGAGUCUUUCUGACCUGGUUUGCAAAACAAGUGUGGGGUAGUAGCCUGGCCUUCUAAUUCUUGUUUGCUUCAGCUGUUUAUCUUUGUUAUUUCCACACUCCUACCUUCUGAGAUCCUCUGAAUAAAAAGUAGCCUGGCUGGGGUUGGCCAUGAUGUGCCAGUAACACCUUGCUUUAAAUGUAGCAUUUUUAGAGGCUUAGAGAGUGGAAACUCUGAUAACUAUUGGGACAAAAGUGCAGGUGGUGUGAAAUGGAAUUUAUGUUAUCUGAGAAAUUUACUUAGUUUUAUCAUCCUCAGGAUGCAGUGUUCUUCAUAAAACCCACAGGUCAAAUGGAGCAUUCUAAAAAUUCACCUAGGCUGUGUGUGAGUGUGUGUGUGUAUGUUUGUGUGUAAACACUACUAAUAGUCAAAUAAGAGUCAGUACUACUAGUCAUGAGAUUUAACCCCAGAAAUCAAUAAUGCUAUGCUAUGCAAUCAUUUCCAUAUUUUAUCUGGAAUUCUUUAAUUUGCAAGUACUUCGGUGUUCAUAUGUUGCACAACAACAUCAUGAACUUGAUUGGUAUUUUGUUUUGAAAAAUUAACAGAGUAUGGAAAUACAUAGAGCACAGGUAGCUUAGCUUAGAACUAGUAAUAAAUUAACACAU